AUGAUGCCACAGGAAGCCAGUCCUGGUCGCUUCCGAUGUCUGGUGCUGCCGCGCAGCAUGCAUGCCCUCAAGCAGAAGAUGGGGCUAGGGAGGCUGAACCUAACAGCAACCAAACGACCCCCGGCCCCCGACCCAGUGCUGUUCAAAACCAAGCCUGGGGUCACCGAGGACCAAAAACAGGCAUUUGUCGACGAAGCAAAAAGAGUAACGUGCCUAGUGCCCGGGGUCAUUUCUUUGCAAAUCGGACCUGCUCUUGAUAUGGAGAGGACCAAGGGCUACAAUAUGGGCAUCUUUCUCACCGUGGACAAAAGAGAAACUAUCAAGGCAUGGGCGAUCAACCCGGAACAUCUCAAGUGA